AUGUCCCUCCUUCACAAUGAAGACUUCACAAUUUGGCAAUUACGCUCGUCUUAUCUCUCCACAAUCAAAGAUGGAAUCGGAGAUCGCCUCAUCAAUGUCAACGACUCCGUACUAAACACACCUGGUUUCCGCGCGGCGGGCUGGUCGACUGCCUCUGCGUUCCCGAACACACAUAGCUCGUCCCACUUGAAGCGCACCUACUCCCCGCCGAUUCCAACUACAGCAAACGUAUCCUCGGAAUAUUACAAAUUGGCAGAACGCAAUGCGAGACCCUCGAGAGAUGACACGCAAGGCCUCGGUCUGGAGGACGGCGAGGAUGAUGGUGGCAUGGUGACUGGCAAGAGCCACACGGAUAUGACUGCGCGACGGCAUCAUGCGCGGAACGGGAAGAAGAAAAGUCGACGCGAACGACAGCAAGAGGUACAGAGGCAAGCAGUCGCGGAGGAGGACGACAGCAGUGAUCUGAGUGAUGACAGCGACGACGAUGGAGACAACGUCGGCAGUGCUAUUGAUCAGAUCAAAUUCCACAAGAUGCCCAUCCGUCGGGACCGAGACGAUUCCUCGCCGAUGCGCUCUGAGGAGCAGCGCGAGAGACCAGAGGUCAUGAUUACAUCUCCCUCCACCCAAACUGUUGCAAACCAGUAUCACUCGAUACCACUGAGACCCCGUCGAGACACGACUACCAGCAGUGACUUAUCAACGGAUAAUGAAACUGAUCACCGAGGCUAUAAGAGCCAAGUUCAAUUUUCUGGCAGUGAUCACAUCGUUGAUCACCCUCGCAGACGGCGUGAACGAACGGGCAGUCGCGGUGCAGAGAGUCUCGCUCUCGGGGAACUUCAUGAGGAAGACGAGGAUGAUUCUGGCGCUGAGUCGGUUGUGUCUGCAAUCUCGUCUGAUUUCGAUAACACCGCUGGAUCUGGAUCUUUGCUUCUGGCGGGUGUUGCCGGUGGGCUGAACCUAUCAUCGCCCAUGGUAAUGAUGAACAAAUUACCCCCAGGGACGGGACCUCAGAACAGUGGACCUCGCAAGAGUCGCACACCGGCGCCAACGCUACAGGAUUUACCUCCGCCACGACCUAUCAGUAUGAUACAGCCAGUCAGUCUGUUGACCAGCCAAUUAAAAGCGCGGAAACGCGCACCAAGCAAUCCAGUGGAUAAGUUUGUGGUGCUCUCUGGGCGAGGCCAAGAAGAUGCCUUGUACUUGAAGAUAUACGCUCCCUUCUCCAGUGACCCCGAAGAUCCCUUGGAUCUACCAGUGACCCGUGAGUCGAAGCUUGCAGAACAGCCUGCGCCAGUCACCGUCGCCGAGACGAUUGGCCUGGCCCUAUGGAAGUAUUCGGCAGACUCUCGGGGCCCAGCACUAGGCCGUGAAAAGUUGACCGUAAAUCGAUGGACUUUACGAAUGGUCGAUGAUGGCGAGGUUGAAUAUGACUUCCCGGCACUUGGGCGGACUCUUCCAAUGACGGACUUCACGUCAAAUAACAACCAACCUCCGAAAGCCCGCCAACGGACCAGAGGCAAACCUUACGAUGAAUUUGCAUUGGUCGAAGCAUCAAAGACAGAGUUUGAGGAGAAUGAGAAGUUAUACCCACAAUUCAGUUCAAGUAUCGCGUCAGAAGAGGCAGAUCAGCCUGCAAAUUCGGCUACCCCAGGGGCCACCACCCCGCAACCCGCUUCGCAAAACAAGGUCCCUCAGAUGGCACCGGCUCGGGCAAAUCCAAUCCUGGGCCAGCCAUUCUCGUCAGCACUCAAUCACAGUACGCUCACCCCAGCUGAUCGACCUGCGGUGCCCACCUCACAUGCCACCCCUCGUCUCGGAGUGGCUAAAACUUUAAAGAUCCGCUUCAUCAACACUGAGGCUUCUGCACAUAUUAUGACCAUCAACACAUCUACCGACAGCUAUAUAGCCGAAAUCCUGGAUUCCGUGUGCAAACGAUGGGGUCAAGACAAGGGCAACUACCUGCUCAAAGUCAUGGGAUCUAACACAAUUGCGCCCCUUGACCGCACCGUGGAGGCACUGGGUAGCAUAACAGAGCUUGAUCUGGUCCGUCGCCGAUUUGGUGGGGGUCCACUGGCUCUUGGAACAUCACCCGGUAGCUCAUCACCCAAUGCGCCUCUCAUGGUGGAAAGUAGCGAGCCGGCAACCUCCAAGAAAGCUAAGAAGGAGGCCAAGAAGGGUGCGCAACGCAUGCUACCUUCCGCCUCCCAGAAACAAGACCAUCUGGGCGGAUACUACCGCCGGUACCACGUGUUCCGCAAACAACCCAUGUCUUUUACAGCGUCGAACCAUCGCAUCCUCACGUUUGAAAACGACUACAUGCACAUUGUGCCCGGUGAUACCGGUAAAACCGUAUCUGGUGGUAAGACACGGUCAAUAAGCUUCAGUGAUGUGAUCGGAUCCAAGGUCAGCCGCAGACAUCCCAAGAGCUUCCGUGUUAUGAUUGUCCGCGGCAACGACGCCACAGAGCAGAAGCGCUAUGACUUUGAAGCGCGCAGUACUGGAGAGGCGGAUGAGAUUGUCAGUGAGAUCAAGAAGAACAUGGCCCAUUACCGCAUCUAA